AGGGGCCAAAAUCUUAUCCUCUCCUCUCCGCAAUGUACCUCCACUCCCCAUCAUCAUUACCUGAAUCAAACCAUGUUCUCGCGAGGACCUACGUUAGCUCAUACAUGUCAUUCCUCAUCAAUUUGCCCCAGGUGCUGCUACUGCAUCCCUUGCUUGCUGCGCUGCAUCCCCCAACGAUUUUACCUCGCAUAGGCGUGCACACCACCGCGUACGUACGCGAUCGGUUGAGCUUGUCUGUAUAAUGAGAUUCCCUGGAUUGAACUCCAACAUCGGACCGACUAUUGAGCAGAACACGGGAACAAUAUCGCUCCCAUCAAGUAUCCGGUCUAUCUGCCACAGAUACUACGACGGCUGUCACGCCGUAGCACAUGUCAUCGAUGUGCAAGAGACCGAGAGAGGCCCGGCAAGGGCUGGGGAAUCUUGGGUACAUUCUCUUCUCGUUCACCAUGCCCUCAAAUUGAGGUGUAACAACGACUGUCAAAUUAUGAAUACAAAACAGAUUCGGUCCCAAGACUCCCUUGAAAUUCUCUCAGCAAUAGAGAUAAGACAUGACUAUGAAGGAUGGGAUCAAGGGAGGGAGAGCUCGCGGAGACAGUUUUAGGAGAACCAGGAUACGGAGAUGGAGAAUAAACCGCAGAGGAUUACGAGUUUGGAUGUCUGGAGCGUUUUGAAGCUUGAAGCUUGACGAAGUUGGCGUUUGGGAGGCUAUGGAUUGACUAUUCUGGAGAAUACAGAAUAGUAAACGGUGAUCUGGAGGAUCGCCAGCGAGGCUCGGGGCAUUGUUUUGUUUCCACCUUGUCUUCCGUUUGUGUGUGUGCACGCCGCCACAUCAUUGAGCGCAUGCUGACAGAUCUGGUGGCGCUGGCGGUUGAU